UAUUUACUUGUUUUAACAUUCUAUAAUGGCGUUACAAACACUAUACACACUAUACACGCUGUAUAUGCCUUGAAUGUUAACCUUAAAAAAGCCUAUAGUAUAACUGGCAUUCUUACUAGAAACAAGAUAUAUUACCAUGGAGGUCUGCAAAUGAUAGGGGUUGAUGAUUUUGUCACAAACAGUUUACCCUCUUCAAAUAUAAUAAAUUCUUUUGAUGAUGCCAUUAAUUCGAAUUUUUUUUCAUUUCCAUAUAAUAACGCGUUUCAUGUAACAAAUAAUCAAUUAUAUUUCUUUGGUGGUCGACUCUUUGAACAGGCUGAUGAUGGUGAAACAAUCUUUGGAAGAUACGAUGUUCAGAAUCAUAAAUGGGAAUUCUUCCAAAAUUCUUCUGAAUUUCCAUUUAGAUUAGAAGAUCAUUCAUGCGCAAUGACAAAUAAUGGCUUAUUUGUAAUUUUUGGCGGAAAAUCUCUUGCUUCAGGAACUACCAAUUAUUCCAAUGACAUUUAUAUCACAAACUUUAAUUCUGAACACUGGGGUAGUUCCUGGAUUAAACCGUCCUUUAUUUAUGGGCCAGGAUCAAGAACAUUCCAUUCUGCAACAAUUCUUCCGGAUGGUAGAAUGGUUGUGUUGGGUGGACAAACAAAUGAUUCUAUUUUCGUUCCAAUGUCUGAAAUUUGGGUAUAUGAUAUCAACAUAAAUGAAUGGCAAGAUAUU